AUGGCAGACACAAAUGACAAACUCCCCAAGGAUUUGGUGGACGAGAUGCAGGCGCUCUUCGGAAAGCAUCCGGGUUAUCGUACCACCCACGCCAAAGGUCUUCUGGUGGAAGGGACAUUCACACCGACCGACCAAGCCAAGACACUUUCGAUAGCUCCUCACUUCAACAACCCCUCGACUCCGGUCACAGCUCGCUUUUCUGUCGGCGGUGGCAUACCACACAUACCCGAUGUGGACGACAAUGCCACUCCCAAGGGCGUUGCCAUUCGCUUCCACAUUGACGCCAACACACAUACGGACCUGAUCAGUCACUCGUUCAAUGGAUUCGCGACCCGGACUGGGGAGGACUUCUUGUCCUUCCUCCAGCUUCUCCGCGGCACCAAGAUCGCUGAAUUCUUGCUCAACCAGGCCAAGGCCAAAGGCGGCGACUACUCCAAGGAACAGGCAAACUUCGACAAAGCCCAAGCGGCCUUUGUUUCUUUUCUUGGUAGCCACCCAUCUGCUGCGACGUUCGUCCAGUCGGCAAAGCCAAAUCCCUACAACUAUGGUACCAUUACAUUCUACGAGCCAAACACUCAUGUUUUGACCAACGAGGAUGGCAAAGUCACAAAUGUCCGAUAUCGUCUCUAUCCAGCCGAUGGAGACCAUCUGUACACCGACCCGGCGCAAUUGAAGAAACUGGCGCCAAACUACUUGGAGGACGAUCUCCAGCAGCGGUUCCCCGCCAAACCGAUCGUCCUCAACGUUCAUGCACACGUGGCAGACCCUACCGACGUAUUGGACGACGCCACCGUCCCGUACAAGAGCGCAACGUUUGUUCCCGUGGGCAAAGUGGAGAUCAACAAAGUUGCCGACGACAACGCGGCCAAGCAGAAACAAAUUGCCUUCAGUCCAACUCCGGACAAGGGCGGCGUUCAGGGCAUUGCAUCGUCCAAGGAUCCUCUGAUUCAGACCCGGAAGGGGGUCUACUACAUCAGUUCUGAACAGCGAAGACACGAAACCCAAGUGGAGUAA